AUGGCUAGCAUUGAGGAUUUACAACGAAAAGUAAGUGAAUUGGAAGCUAAAUUAGCAGCUGUCCAGGGAAACGCAGGACCUGUGCGUCAGAAAAUUGAUGUAAUGUCUUCAGAAGUUGUGGACUCAAAUCCUUACAGUCGUCUCAUGGCACUCAAACGAAUGGGCAUAGUGGACAACUAUGAGAAAAUUCGAGAGCUCUCUGUUGCUGUUGUUGGUGUCGGUGGAGUUGGUAGUGUUACAGCAGAGAUGCUUACAAGAUGUGGCAUUGGAAAGUUGAUACUCUAUGACUAUGACAAAGUGGAGCUGGCGAACAUGAAUAGGCUAUUUUUCCAACCCCACCAGGCAGGGCUUAGUAAGGUAGAUGCAGCAGCGGCAACACUGCAAUCUAUUAAUCCAGAUGUCACCAUAGAGGCACAUAAUUAUAAUAUUACUACAAUGGAUAAUUUCCAGAAGUUCUGUGACUCAAUCAGCAAAGGCAGUUUAUCAGGCGGACCUGUAGAUCUUGUUUUAAGUUGUGUGGAUAAUUUUGAGGCUCGCAUGGCCAUCAAUACUGCCUGCAAUGAACUUAACCAACGCUGGUUUGAAUCUGGAGUCAGUGAAAAUGCUGUGUCGGGACAUAUUCAGUUUAUUGUACCAGGCGAGACUGCUUGUUUUGCGUGCGCGCCACCUUUGGUUGUUGCUUCCAAGAUCGACGAGAAAACAUUGAAAAGGGAAGGAGUGUGUGCAGCAAGUCUUCCUACUACUAUGGGCAUUGUUGCUGGGUUUUUAGUACAAAAUACAUUAAAAUUCUUGCUCGGAUUUGGUAAUGUCAGCCAUUACUUGGGAUACAGCGCUUUGACAGAUUUCUUUCCCACAAUGGGUCUCAAGCCUAACCCUCAAUGCGAAGACUCGUAUUGUAGAACGCGUCAGACAGAGGUGAAAGCACGACCGGCCAUUGUGGAGGUCGCCACUGAAGUGACGGAAGAUGAGAAACCUAUACAUGAAGAAAAUCAGUGGGGUAUAAGCUUGGUUGAUGAAAAUUCACCAGAAGAGGAGACACCCAACUUAAAUCUGGUUGAUGGAGUUCAGGUCGCUUACAGUAUCCCAGUAGAUAAUAGUACCCCCGAAUCAAGUACAGGUGGCGCUGUGGCGGCUUCCGAACUGUCCCUUGAGGAACUUAUGCAACAAAUGAAGUCUAUGUAA